AUGACUGAAGACAACUUCUCCCACUUGGACUGGGAGUUGCUAGAGUUGAACCAGUCCCUUCCUGAUAGAAGCCAGGGUCUGGAAGCCAAUGCCCAGGAAUCCCCCUUCAUCUACGCCAUCCCCGCCGUCUACGGGCUCAUCAUUCUGUUCGGGCUGGUCGGCAACGUGACCCUCAUCAAGAUCUUCUGCACGGUGAAGUCCAUGAGGAACGUGCCCAACAUCUUCAUCACCAGCCUUGCCCUGGGAGACCUGCUGCUGCUGCUGACCUGCGCCCCGGUGGACGCCAGCAAGUACGUGUCCACUGAGUGGCUCUUCGGUCGGGUGGGCUGCAAGCUGAUCUCCUUCAUCCAGUUCACCUCGGUGGGGGUGUCAGUGUUCACCCUGACCGCGCUGAGUGCAGACAGGUAUAAAGCGAUAGUCAGACCCAUGGACAUCCAGACCACCAACGCCCUGAUGAAAAUUUGUGUGAAAGCAGCCCUUAUCUGGGUAUUUUCAAUGCUGUUGGCUGUUCCUGAGGCAAUAUUUUCCGAUCUGCACUCCUUCUAUGACCCUCGUAACAAUGGCACAUUUAAGGCCUGUGCUCCGUACCCGCAUGGUGAUGAGCUGCACCCGAAAAUCCAUUCCACAGCAUCAUUCCUGAUUCUCUACAUCAUCCCGCUCUUCAUCAUAUCCGUGUACUAUUUCCACAUUGCCAAGAACUUGAUCAGGAGUGCUUACAACAUUCCAGCAGAGGGCAACCAGCACAUUUUGAGACAGAUGGAAUCCAGGAAAAGACUUGCAAAGACAGUGCUGGUGUUUGUAGGUUUCUUCGCCGUGAGCUGGCUCCCCAAUCACAUCAUCUACCUAUACCGUUCUUACCAUUACGGACAGGCGGACACCUCCUUGGUGCACAUGGUUGGCAGCAUCUGUGCCAGGAUUCUCGCUUUCAGCAACUCCUGUGUUAACCCAUUUGCCCUCUACCUGCUGAGCAAGACCUUCCGAAAGCAAUUCAACAGCAACCUCUUCUGCUGCAGGAGCCAUCUCCUCAUCCGCUCGACCAGCAUGGGCAGGAGUACCACUGCCUCACGGAUGACAUCCCUCAAAAGCACAAACCACUCAGUGGCAAGCUUCAGCCUAAUCAACGGGAACUUUGUUCAGCAGGAAGGUUAUGUAUAG